GUACUGGACCCUGACACACACACACACACACACACACACACACACACACACAGAGAGAGAGAGAGAGAGAGAGAGAGAGAGAGAGAGAGAGAGAGAGAGAGAGAGAGGGCCAAAUGACAGAGGUUGAUCAGCGGCAGAAAGAGAGGGGAGCACAGACACAGGGGAGGGUUCUUUAAAUUUCUCUUUUUUCUUCUUUCUCGGAGGAUCACUGUCACUUGAGGACUUAUUAAACAUGCACCUACUGGGAAUAUCUCUCCUACUGGCUUAUCUCCUCUACAGCAACCUGGCCAGCGACUUCAGCCACAGCGACUACUAUGAUUACUACGAGCUGCAGGAGCAGAUGGACGAGCCGGACUCUCCACUAAAGCCAGACGUGGAGCAGAAGUUGCGUUCAGCCUCCAAUGUCGAUGAACUGAUGAGUCUCAUCUAUCCUUCAUACUGGGCAGCUCUGAAGUGCAGAUCUAAACUUUCGGCUGCCGCUUCCUCCUCAGCCACCAAGCUCUCUCAGCGGCCACAGCCUCGCCGACUAAGGCCACUGGCUGAUAAAGAAGAGCCGACAUUUGCUGCUGCCUACCUCAACUUGGAUGUCCUGAAAAGUAUAGAGUCGGAGUGGAGGAAGACUCAGUGCAUGCCCAGGGAAGUGUGUGUCGACGUGGGCAGGGAAUUCGGGGCUCCCACGAACAUCUUCUAUAAACCACCAUGUGUGUCCGUCUAUAGAUGUGGAGGGUGCUGCCACUCUGAAGACAAACAAUGCAGGAAUAUCUCCACUGGUUACCUCAGCAAAACGCUGUUUGAGAUCACAGUGCCGAUCACCCAGGGCACCAAGCCGGUGACCAUCAGUGUGGCUAACCACACCCAGUGCAGUUGUCUGUCCAAACUGGAUGUCUACAAACAAGUCCACAGCAUCAUCAGGAGAGCCCUGCCUGAGUGUCCAGUAGCCAACAGGACAUGUCCUCCUGGUCAGACUUGGAGCAGCAGGCAGUGUCGAUGUGUCAGCAUGACCACCAAUGUGCACCACAACCCCCCUCCCCCACCACUUCCCCCUCCGAGGCCCUCCCAACAGCACCUUGACAUAUUCUCAGCAGAUGUGUGUGGCCCAGGUAAGGAACUGGACGUAGAGACUUGUCAGUGUGUGUGUCAGCGUGGGGAUCAAACUCAAGACUGUGGCCCUAACCGACACCUCGACCCCAACACCUGCCAGUGCGUCUGCAACAUCCUGCCUGCGCCCUCCUGCCCACCAAACCAUGUCUUUAAUAAGGAGACCUGUCAGUGCACGUGUAGCAAGACGUGUCCAAGGCACCAGCCCCUAAACAAAACAAAGUGUUCCUGUGAAUGUAACGAGUCGCCCAACAAAUGUUUCCUAAAAGGAAGGAGGUUUUACCAAGCCACUUGCAGUUGUCUCAGGCCUCCUUGCGAGGUGAGGAGGCGGAGGUGUGAACCAGGUUUCUCCUUUAGCGAAGAAGUGUGUCGCUGCAUACCAUCCCAUUGGAGACGGCUGGACUAAUUACCGACUCACCGCUCAUGAGGUGCUAAUGAACAGAUAACAAACUUAGCAAGUAGAAUUCACCACCCAUCCAUCCCCUGUAGACCUGCUGGUCACGAGUAUCCCCGUCAGCUGUGAUGGCAGCUAAGUGUGCAGACCAUGGUGAAGGUGGGGAACCUCAGUGAUCGGAGUGCAGAUAUGGCGAACUCUGCUGAUUUUGAAGGUGGAAUAUGCACUGACUCGGCCAUGAGGACGUUUUAAUGGUAGAGUGCAGCCCAGAAACAGAAGGAUGGAAUGAAAGAGAGAGAGAGAGUCAACACUCGACACUUGUUUUAAAAUAUUGUCUAAAUAAUUUGUUUUAAAAUAUUUGGGGGGUUUUGUAUUAAUUAUGUCUUAGUAUUCUUAUGUCAGAUAUUGAUUAUAUAAUUUAUUAAAUGUUAUUUUUAAACCUGUUUACUGCAAGUUCAAUCUUUUUCCAUGAAAAUACACUGUGAUCAAUAUUUUUGUAUCCUGUAUAGUAUAUAUGUAAAAUAAAAUAUACUAAAUAUUGUAUAGAUUGUCUGUUCGCAUAUUAUAUUGAGGGUAUUCUGCUCUUAAUCCACCACUCAGCAUCAGAAAAAAACUGUUGUAAGAAGUUGAAUGGCAGGUGAAGAUAAAAUCUGUGGUCUCCUUGAUCGAUUUCAGUUUAUUCAUAUAUGUGAAUAUUUGCUGAAGAUGCACAUAUGCUAAGAAUGGACUUUACAGUGAAAUAGGAGACAUAUUGUGUCCAGCAGGAAAACUUUAGAAAUGAACAACAUUUGCAUAUUCAAAGGUUUUAAUGUGGAAAUACUUUUUUUAUGGGAAAAAAACACGUCAGACAUUACAUUAUUAAUACAUUAUUGUUCCAAACUGAUUAUUUGUAUAUAUGUCGUAAUAUAUGUCUGGAGGAGAUCUUUAAUAUUCUUUUUACUUUUAUUUAUUUCAGGGUCUUGGUACCCAUAGUUAAUCAUAUUCCGUGAGUAUAACAUAUGACACCAAAAACUGAUAUUUUCACAAGCUUUGAAGAAGAAAGGCUGACGACAAUUCAACCUCCCUUUGGUAAAAUAUAAAAUUUAGCACUAUUUCUAAAGGAGAAGAAAGUCAGCUUAAUUUGUAAUAAAAUGGCUAUUCUAAAUCAAUGUCCAUACAGGCCACAGUUAUCUAAGAGAGAAAACUUAUUUGCUUUUGAACUGGAAUAAAUUGUAUAGAUAUGGAUGCAUUAUGUUACUUUUUACAGUUAUAGUUUUACAUUAUUGAAACUCUACAACAGCUGGUUUUUAACUCAAAACAAAUUCAUGUUUUCCUUUUCACCACCAUCAAGUUUACUGAUUUCUCUUCUGGGUUCAGUUUUGUGUCAUAGCAAGGUCAUCCACCAUAAUGAUUACCUCACUUAACACAUAGCAUAGCAUAUUAAAUGAACUGUAACCUGUGGCCAACUGGUAGCAAGGACACAUUCAACAAUACACUGCCACUUUGGAAGAUGUUGAGCAUUAAUGCAAUGUAAAGAAAAUGUGAUUUGUAGGGGUGAGACAUUCUCAAACGCUGGCAUUCUAUGAAUAAAAGAACAAUCUAUCUCAAAGGUUUUUCAAUGCAAAUGACUGGGUACCAACGCAUUCUGGAAAACCUGGACAUUUAGAGACUAGUUUCCCCAUCAUAGAAACACCUGGAAACUGACUAAAUUGACCAGAUAUCCUGGAAAUAAUCUAUGUUGUCCUGGAAAUUUAGAAUUUUAUUUUUGCCCCUCAUUCAGAUCUCCUACCUUUUUUACACAGCAAUGUUAAUUGUAUUCAGAAUUCAAAUUAACACCUUGACUUUCUAGAAAAUACAUGUUCUGUAAAAUGAAAUAAAUCUGAAUUUUAACUGUUACUUACAUAUGUGGUGUGGCAAAAUGACACUGUUAAAAAUAAACUGUAAAAACUUCA